CCGGAGCGAAGUGAGUGCAGAAGCCUAUUAACGAGCAUUUCGAGCCGCUCUAUCGCUGCGUGCAACGCGCCAACCGAAAAUGAACUACGGUACCCUGGAAGGAAAGCCGGACGCUCGGCCCAUGUUCGUGCCCGCCCGAAGCAGGCGCAUGGUCCAGGGGCCGGUCCUAAAAACAAUCGUCRGUUCGCGGAGGUUUUCGAACAUUAAACSUGCUGCCAAUGCUACCACUGYUCCGGUGGUGCGGCGAAAACCGAAAUCAUUCGUUUACACCAUGCUAAAUCCGAGAUCGAAACAGCAACAGGCGGUUGUCUUCAAAUUUUUCAUUUCCACUGUGAUUGUGCUGGAUCUCGUCGCAUUCAUCCUGUCCACGGAUCCCGACCUGACCUGGAUCAACGAUCAGGUAUUCGCCACGUGGGAAGCCAUUGACUCCUGGAUUUUUCUCACCGAGUACAUCUUGCGCCUCAUCACGGUCAACGAAUCGGAGAAACACAGAAGCAUGGGRCCCAUCAAAGGCAGGCUGAGCUACAUGGUUUCGACGCCGGCCAUGAUCGACCUGGUGGCGACAAUGCCAUAUUUCRUAGAAAAAUGCAGUGGGUACGAUCUCCCUACGCUCACGUAUUUGCGAAGCUUUCGGCUCUUGCGCAUWCUCAAAACACAAGGAUUCAUAGAGGCCAUUAAAUCCGUGUGCCGCGUCUUUCGAUACAAUUCCGAAAUUCUCUACGUGGCGGUCUGGAUCGGCCUGGGAUUGGUAUUGGUGACCGCGGUGCUAAUGUACUAUCUGCGUCCCAGAAAUGAAGACAACCCACAGUUCAAGUCUCUCCCAGCGACGCUMUUUUUGGCAGCAAUGAUGCUGACUGGACAGGUGAGUUUCAGUGGAUUGAGAAUGAUUCAAAUCGAAUUUUCAUCGGAUCGGAAUCUGAUAGGAAAUAGACAAGGUUCAUUUUCGGAUACAAAUAAGCAAGCAGUCAAUCCUUUUCGUCUAAYUCUUGAUUCAACUUUUCUGCUCUGGACAGGGAGGACCGGAAGGAGCACUGCCGUGGUAUACGUCGUCGGUCGUGCUGCUAACAGGUGCCUUCAGCAUUGGAAUGUUUGCAAUCCCAGCCUCGAUGCUGACCUGGGGUUUUGAAGGUAAGUGUUUCAGCGYCGUMGGAUUGGAACCAAGAAAGUAAAAAAACACAAGCACAUACCAGCACACAGAAUCGCUCAUGUUUUGCACCGUGACAUCUGCUUUURCACACGUGCUYGUACCCAUCUGUGUUCAGGUGAAGCCGAGCGAUUAGCAAAACUCAGACGAAAAAAAAUGUGCGCCAAUCCAAGCAAUGGAAACAACCAGAACGAUAAUGAAAUAAYCGAUGAUUGGUCUUUUUCGUCGAGGUAAGUGAAAUUGGUUCGUGUCCGUCUCUGCAGGAACGACGGUCGCGUUCGAUUUAUUAUGCAUAUUAUCGUUUUGUUUCUAAUUUUUAUCCUUGAACCCGACACCACCAAAUUGCCAGCGACUAUUCCACCGACGAAGAAUACCUWAACACSAUUGCUGGAUUCGAAGACGAGGACGAUUCUGAUGAAGAUUUGAGAGCCUACAAAGCAUUUAAGUCGGGAGAUACCGAUGGCGAUGGCAAUCUGUCCCUCCGUGAGUAUAUGGCGCUAUCGARAARGAUGGAAUCAGCUAACGAUUURCGAAGAAGCACGAAAGAUUUCAACAACCCAUUGCUGGCAAGACGACUCGAGGUUCUGGAGCAAAAAGUCGAGGAAAAUAGCAAGAAAUUGGAUAAGAUUUGCCAAAUUCUGGAGGGAAUGAAGGUUUCUCGGUCGUGAAAGUAUAAAUGUUGACUGAUCGACGAUAUACAAUUAACAAACAAUAGCAAUUUAGUUAAGGCCGGAAGAAGYCAAAUGAGCACCAAUAAAUAAUAACCAAGACC